AUGUCCCAUUGUCCCAGAGUUCUAAAUAGUGCAAAACUACUGCAUCCAGGGACCCUACAGGUCUGGCUCUUCCAGGGGCCCUCCUACGGUCGGCGGCGCCCCCAGGUGCCCUUCCACGGGCGUCAGCGCUUACCAGGAGCGCUGGAGUCCCCACAGGCUCUCCCAGUGACAGCCGCCGUUCCAGGGGCCAUCCUAGGGAUGCCGGCCCUCCCAUGGGCGCUCCCUGGGGACGGUGUUGCUUUCAGGGGCCCUUCCAGGGAUUUCGGCUCUUUCAGGAACCCCCCCAGUGGCUCUCCUAGAGAUAGCGGCGCUCCCAGGGCACCUCAGAGGAACGGCGGCGUCCCCAUGGGCCCUGUUAGGGGCGCUGGGGACCUGUCAGAGGCGCUGGAGCCACCAGGGGCGGUCUUAGGAAUAACUGUAAUCCUAGGGGCCUUCUCAGGGAAGACAGCAUCGACAGGGACUCCUCCAGGAACAGCCGAGCUUCCAUGGGCCUCUCAGGGAGGCAACGCUCCAUGGGAACUUCGCAGGGACGGCAACACGCCUAAGGACCCUCACACGGACGGCGGCGUCCCCAUGGGCCCUAGGGACCCUUGGGGAGACACCGCCCUUAGAAGGGCCUCGAAAAUGCGCCACUGCCGUGGUAUGGCCCCUGGUGGUCCCGCCGUCCCUGAGAACACCCCUAAAGGUGCCCCCGUCCCUGUAAGGGACCCUGGGGUCGUUGCUAUCCCUGUGGUGGGUCAUUUGGCCAUGCAAGGGACGGGGUCGCCUCAGGUACGUUCACAGGACAGUGGUGCUCCCAGAGGCACUGUCAGCGGCGGUAGCGCCUUCAAGGGCCCUUCCGGCGGCGGUGGCUCCCCAGGCACUCUUUAUGGGGCGCCCCACCUGCUCAGGGACCCUGCCGGUGCCUAUGGGUCACAAUAG